AUGGCUUACAUACAAGUAGCACACAAACAGAGACUUGAUCUCUUACAUAGGCUACAGUUACUUCCACAGUCCAAGACACCAGACACUGUACUGAAAUGGACUCAGCUUGAUAUAGACAAUGCUUAUUUAUACAACCUACCAGAGUCCAUUGACAGGUGCACAAAUGUUCAGCAGAUAUAUGCAUACAAUAACAGGUUAUCUUCUUUACCACAGUCCAUAUCCAACCUCCCACAUCUCACAGUGUUGAUACUAUCCUGCAAUGCCUUCACUACAUUCCCCAUAACACUGUGUGACUUGACUAACCUAGAGGAGCUGGACCUGGAUAACAACCAGCUAUCUGAUAUACCAGUGGAUAUCACCAGGUUGAAGGUGCUCAGAGUAUUCUCCCUAUCUAACAAUGUCUUCACUGCAUUCCCCAUAGCACUGUGUGGCUUGACUAACCUAAAGGAGCUGUACCUGUCACAAAACAAGAUAUCUGGCAUACCAGUGGAUAUCACUAGGUUGAAGGUGCUCAGAAUAUUCUCCCUCUUUUACAGUGUACCACAGUCCAUAUCCAACCUGACACACCUCACAGUGUUGAAACUAUCCAGGAAUGCCUUUGCUACAUUCCCCAUAGCACUGUGUAGCUUGACUAACCUAAUAGAGUUGGUCCUGUCAGGCAACCUGCUAUCUGACAUACCAGUGGAUAUCAGCAGGUUGAAGGUGCUCAGAAUAUUCAAGCUCCAUAACAAUGCCUUCACUACAUUCCCCACAGCACUGUGUGGUUUGACUAACCUAGAGAAGCUGGACCUGUCAUACAACCAGCUAUCUGACAUACCAGUGGAUAUCACCAUGUUGACAAAACUUGAGAGACUUCACCUGUCAGGCAAUAAAAUCACUCACCUGCCACAUCAAAUAAAGAAUAUGGAAAGCCUUAUACGACUAGAUGUGGAUCGUAAUCCUUUGGUACAACCACCUAAAGAUACUGCCAAGAGGGGGCUAGGUGCCAUCAAGAGGUAUUUUGAGGCAUUAACUGACACCAAGGCAAUCCAGUCAAGUAGAAUACAGGUCAACUUACUUGGUGAAACAGAAGCAGGAAAAACUAGCAUUUCAGGCACACUGCAAAAUGGAAAGUCUACUCUUACAAAGACGGCAGACAGGACAAGAGUGGUGGAGCAGGGAUUAUGGGAGGCUCAUGAAGAUGAGACAGACCAGAAUAUUGGCUUCAACAUCAAUGACUUUGGUGGACAUGACAUCUACAAAAUAGGACAUCCUAUUUUUAUUUCCAAACUUGGCUUGGUUUUCAUCACUUUUGAUCUGUCUAAAUAUGACCCAGAAGACAAGGCUCAUUACCAGCUCUACAUUGGACACUGGAUUGACAAGGUGCAGGCACAGAUGCCAGGGAUACAAUUAGCUCUAAUUGGAACUCAUAUUGAUGAGGUAAUGAUCCAGCAUGUGGAAAACAAGUGUUUUGCAAUAAACAAGCAACAUGAAGACCACUUAAACAAAAAGAAGCAGUGGUAUCAAGUGCAAAAGAAGAGCAUUGAGAAGAGAAUAAGAGAAACACCUAAAAUCCAAGCAUCUCUCCACCAGGCCUACCAAAGCAAAUCAGAUAAACUGCAGACCUUGUAUGAUCAAAUGAAACCCAUCCACAAGGAUAUUUUCAGAGUCAGUUCAAAAACCUGUGAAGGAGUUAAAGUGCUGCAAGACUACCUCAUUUCUUUCUCCAGGAGAAAUGCUGAAGUUUUGCCAGGUAUGUGGGUUGAAGCAGCCAAGAAUAUCUGCACCAAGAAAAUUGAAGGCUCUGAAAACACACUUGGCUGGGAGAUGAUUAAAGGCCUCAUUCUGCAGAAUGCACCUACAUCAUGGAAAGAGAAGAACUCAAAGGAAGAAACAGACAGAAUGAUAUGUGACAUCUUAAGUUUCCUUGCUCAUCGUGGAGACAUCAUUUGGUUUGAUAGAUGUCCCUCACUGAUGAAAGUAGUUUUCCACAAGCAAGAGGUUCUAGUGAAUGUUCUCAAGGCUGUCCUCAGUCAUGAUCAAGAUGCCAUAUCAGAGAAGCUCCAGAAGUCCAUGAAGAUUACUGGAACCAAAGCAAGUACCAUACAUGAAGACAUCUUCACCAGAGGCAUCAUAUCCAAAGAAGCUAUGGGCUGCCUGUGUGAGCCUUUUAAAUUGUCAAGCACUGAAGUUGAUGUCAUGAUAGAAAUGAUGCAGACACUGGAGUUGUGCUAUCAAGUCCAGGAUCAUGAAUAUCUUCCAUCCAAUACCUCAUUCCACUUUCCAUGGCUCCUCACUGAAGAAAGGCAACCUGAGCUAGACACCAAAUGGCCCAGCAAGGUUCCCCCAGACACCACACAACUGACCCUGCAGGUUCUCUUUCCAUACAAAUGUCCAGAUGGCUUAUAUGAGAAAUUUUCUGUUCGUCAGCACAAGUAUCUUGGACUCAUGAAGACCAAACGAAUGGACUGGAAGGAUGGGGUGUAUGCAGAAGUUAAAAAGUGCAAAAUGCAGCUGACACGGGGGGCACACCAGUCAAAUCCUGAUGCAGUCAGCCAAGACCCAGACUGGUUUAUCAGCAUUGCUGUCCGUGGAUCAAAGCUUUCAGACAUGUGGGGUGUUCUUGCACAAAGUCACCAUGACCUCAUGAACAUCAUUGAAGAGGACUGGCCUGGGCUGCCAUAUGACAAAUAUCUGAUGUGUCCCCACUGUGUGAGUGAGAACAGUGAGCACCCAUACCAUUUCCCUGGAGAGAUACUUGACCUUACCCUGAGGGCAGCUUCCAAACUAAGACAGGUGACAUGUGUCAAUACUGGUGUCUCCAUUCCUGCAGACCUGGUCUACCCACCACACCUGGCCAUGAGCUGGCAGGAAGUUCUGCAGAUAGAAAAACCAAGGCUUUGUGAAAAAAUCACAGAACCCUGCCUCAAAGACAUGUUAAAUAAGUUCCUCGAAGAAGGCAUCAUCACCCUUCGUGAAGAUGAAAUGGUGAGAGCAGAGCCUCCUCAACACCAUGACCAAACCUCAACUACCACGGUGGUAUGUCCAGAGAAAACUGCUGUCUUCCUUGACAUACUCAAAACUAGAGGAGAUGAGGCAUUUGAUUUAUUAAGGAAAUGUCUCACUGAAAAUGGACAAAGUGACCUUGCUUCCCUUCUAAGAUAGACCAAGUGGUCAAGAAAACUGAUUGUGUGGACUCAGUACCUGUGGCAGUCAUGUUAUAUGAAGUUGGUAUUCCCAAUGUUCAAUAAUUCAUUUUAAUUCUUAAUGUAAUGAAAAACUUAUACCUUAUCAGCUGCAUACAUCUAGUUCAUAAAUGCUUUUUGAAAUGAAAAACAAUGAAUCUUGGUCAGAUAUACUAAAGGACUGUUCCUGCAGUAAUUUCUGGCAGCUGCUUUACCCAGUGACCUUAACUAAUCCAUAUAAUCCAUGAGUGAGAUAGAGGACAUGACAGCUGACCAUCAGCAAUCUAGAGACCCCCUUAUGUGGAAAUAAUGGAGCAAGAAUGGACGAAGAGUAAACAUUGGCAGGGAUUAUAAUGAUAGCUAUGAUAUGCUACUUGGUGGGAACAGGAGCAUGGUGGGAAGAGGAGUAAGGCAUACAGCUGUACACCUACAGGUUAGAACAUGUGAUAUGAUAGGCCAAUAUUGUUUUAUUAUAUGUUGAUGUCUGUCUAGUUUUUUAUCAGUAAUGGAGAGGGAGGAUGGACAGCAGGACAUGUGAUAUGAUAGGC